AUGGCACGUCUUCUCUUCACUAUCCGUGUCGGUCUUACUCUUUGGCUAGCAUACGCUACACUCAAGGCAGCCACUUUUUUACACAUUCUCACCGGAAGAUAUGGUUACGACUCUAAAGUCGCUUUUGUGAUAGGAGUGCAGAAUCUCUUCCCACCGAUACUCGUCAUAAAUGUUGCAACAUGGCUAGUGUUCUGGUUCGACAAGCAACAAUCCAUAUCACAGAAUUGGAGAACACCCGAGCGGGAAUUGUUAUGGUGGCUAUGGACGACCGGCGUCUUUGGAGGAUGGUUCAGCAUGUUCGCAUGUCGUCACAAAAUCCGGAAAGAGUCAUUUAUAAUCAAAGCUCUCUUCUUCACCGUAUUUAAUCUAACGUGGCUCAUAUUCUAUGCUAUAUUUGAUAUACCCAAGCAAGUACCUGCACAUUAUAUUCCUGCCGGAUGCAUUCAGCCUUCUGCACGCACAUCCUGA